UGAUAGGUAUCCUGUAACUCGAAAAAAAAAUCAAGCAGUAUACCUAAGGUCAAUGAUCCAUCUAGACGGCAGCUACCUGGAGGGAGGCGGCCAGCUGGUCCGCAACGCCGUCGCUCUGUCCGCCAUCACCGGGCAGGCCGUAACGAUCGACGCGAUCCGGGCCAAGCGCAAGGGAAAACCAGGGCUGAAGCAAUCUCACUCGACGGCCAUCCAGUUCCUGGCGAAGAUCAGCGGGAGCCAAGUGAUUGGAGGAGAGGUCGGAUCGAAAAGACUAACGUUCGUUCCGGGAGACCAAGAAGAGAGUAGUAGUAGUACUAUUCUCCCAGGAUAUUCCAUCCAACAAUCGACACCCGGUUCGAUCUUCCUGAUUUUCCAGACGGUAUAUCCGUACCUGCUGGUGCGGGGCGCUGCGUCCCUGCCGAUCACUCUGACGAUCACGGGGGGUACGAACGUCCCUCGCGCGCCUUCAUACGAUUAUGUUGAGCAGGUGUUGAUCCCCAACCUGGAACGAAUGGGGCUGCCGAGGAUAGACAUGCAACUGUGUCGACGCGGGUGGACGACUGGAUCGAAUCGACUUGGGGAAGUCAAAGUAUCACUCCACACGAGUGCAGAAUCCUUGGAUGACCAUUAUUAUCCCUCUAUCACUAUCCUUCCACGCGGACAAGUGACGAAAAUCGAGGCGACGGUCCUAUCGCCUCAUGCUUGCGAGUUGGCGGAACGAACCUGUUCAGUACUCCGCCAACGACUGCGGGACUCAGAAACAGACAUACCCAUCCAGACGGGCAGGGUGGAAACAACCUCCCACCACACACAUGUGUACCUGUUACUCGUGGCGUACACGAGCAACGGGUUCCGACUGGGUCGCGAUGCCUUGGGGGGCAGAGAGGACGAGGUCGUUCACCGGUGUAUCGCGGGACUCAUGGACGAACUACACGUAUCCGAAUCGGAGGAUUCUUGGAAACCGUGUGUGGAUGAAUUCAUGAGAGACCAGCUGGUGGUAUUAGAAGCAUUGGAUAGGAGGAGAGAGAGAGAGAAGCUGGAGGGAGAAGAGCGACACUGGAGUCUACACACGCAGACCGCCAAAUGGGUUAGUGAGGAGUUUGUACAUCGUACAUAGCAGUUACUACUACCAAGUAAUCUCACCGAUUGACUAGAUACUACAUAGUAAUAAUACUAGUUACCUAGUAA